AGUGACAUGUAGAUAAGAUGACAUGAUGAGAUUAUGAGAAGAAAUUGAGGUGUUAUAACUCUUAAAGUGAAAAUAAUUUAACGCCAGUGUAAGUGGUGCCAUCUGUAACUUCUGCCGGUGCUGUGAGCUCUUAAUGCGUGCGGUGACAUGGCCGUGGGCGUGGUGGGCGGCCUGGUGGGCGUACUAGGGCGGACUCUUAGAAAACGGCAAUCACUCACUGUCUUGUUACUCCUCUUCUUCUCCUUGUCUCUGAUCCGCAACGCGAGACACGAGAUGAGGAUAGAGACCAGAGAGGAGAAGGAGAGCGAGGAAGACUACAUCACGCCAGAGGAGGUCCUGCAAGUCCUGCGCCUCCUGGACAGCGCCGUGAGCACCGUGGAGGCUCAGUGCGGCAGGAUGGUGACGCUGGGGGGACGCAUCACCUGUUCCUGCGAGAAGAAGCUGUGCGGCGUGGACGGGGCGAAGAUGGUGUGUCUUGACCCCGAUGUGAUGCCGCCGCCCCGUCACUGCCACGCCCUCAACUUCGGCAUAGGCUACGAGUUCUCCUUCGAUGAGGCUCUGGUGAACUACGGCUGCCGCGUCUUUGCCCUUGAUCCCACUAACAGCAACAUAACGAACAGAGUGUAUCAGGCGAACUACACCCAAGGCCUCGCUGCACCAAAACCUCGCAGGGACUCAAGGGCGCCGUCACCACUUCGCAGGACCUUCCACGCCCUCAAUCUCGGCCUGGGACCAAAGGACCACACCCUGUUCCUUAACCUGACGGAGGACGGGAGGUACUACAGGGGAAACAUCGCCACUUUCCUCACCUACAGAUCAGUUCUCCGUAUCCUGGACAACCCGCGCGUGGACAUCAUCAAGAUAGACAUUGAGGGCGUGGAGUGGCAGGUCCUACAAGAGCUCCUGAGCGCCCCUGAUGCUGCUGAAGCCCUACAACACGUCCGACAGAUCCUAAUGGAGGUUCACUUUGAUUUCCUGAAGCCAGACAUGGACGCUGAGAAACUUCUGAAGGCCGCGUGGAGGGCGCUUCGAGUCCUGCAGCGGCUGAGGGAGUUGGGAUUCCAUUUGGCGGCUUUCGAUCUCAACAAUACGGCACAGAAAUACAUGGCGUUCGGUCCCCUGCGUCUGGCUUUGUUCAGGGAGGUGACCUUGAUCAGAAGAAGUCCCGCGGUUAGGUUAGGUUAGGUUAGUGUGUAUGGCUGUUAGUGUGUGGAUGUGUAGGCCUGAGUGAUGUGUUUAUUUGCGAUUUUUUUCUUAUUCGUUUAUUUAUUGACUUCAUCCUUUCAUUUAUUCAU